GGAAGGGAGGGGUCCGCGCCUGGCCCGCCGGAGGGGCGGGGAACAUCGCGCCUCCAGCCGGCUGGUCCCAGCCUCGGGGCGCGCCCAGCCCGGCCGCCGCUGCGCCGGACCCUGCCGGAUCCGGGCUCUGGGGCGGAUCUGAUGUGGGAGGAGCGGGGGGACCCAGCUGCCUCUCCCCCCCCCCGGGCCCUGGCUGUUGCAAGGCGUGCGCCUAGCCGGUCCCUCCGGCACUCAGCCGCGGGUGCCGUGCGCGGAGCCUCCCGCUCCGGGGAGCGCUGCUCUUAGCGACAACCGCCGGCCGGGAGCAGCGGGGGGAGGAAGGGUUGCACCCGACCCCGGCAGGGAGCAGCCUGCCCCGCGCCUCCUGAGUGGAGCUGUCCAGGAUUUCGCUCGGUGCGGGGGCUGGGGGGGUAGUGAUCCGGCUCCCGGGGACCUGUCCGUGGUGCUGACGCCAGCCCCUUUGGGGCUCAAGCCAGCUUCUUGCAUGGAUUUCUUGCCACACGAAAACGGCAUCUUAAAAUGACACUGAGCUCCCUGCUCGCACACCCGCCUCCCCGUGUCCCUAGCUUGAUCCCGGCUGACCGAUCACGGCAGACAAGCACGGAUCAGCCGGCAGCCUGAUCUCCUGGUGCACUGGGCACAGGCGGAGGAUCCUUUCUGGAAAGAGCCUUUAUCCAGCCUGAGAACCAUUCCCCGCUGGGAAUCAUGGCUGCUCUCGCAACGGGUUUCUGUGUCUCUUCAGUCCUGUUGGUUAUAUGGGUUGGUGUCUGUUCUCCAGUCUGUGUGGAAGUCCCAUCAGAGACAGAGGCUGUCCAAGGAACUCACAUGAAGCUGCUCUGUAUCUCCUGCAUGAAAAGAGAAGAAGUUUCUGCAAGCACUGUGGUGGAAUGGUUCUACAAGACUGAAGGGGGGAAAGAUGAGCUGAUCUAUGAAUACAGAAAAGUACACCAUGAAUUUCCAAGCCGCUUCAGUGGCCGGCUACAGUGGAACGGGAGCAAAGAUAUGCAGGACGUGUCCAUCACUGUAUUAAAUGUGACUUUGAAUGAUUCAGGGAUCUACACGUGUAAUGUCACUCGGGAGUUUGACUUUGAGAUUCAUCACCCACUCUUCACAAGCUCCAGAUUGAUCCAUCUCACUGUGGUAGAGGAGGCUGGAGAAGAUUUCACAUCCGUCAUAUCUGAAAUUAUGAUGUAUAUUCUCCUGGUUUUCCUCACCUUGUGGCUGCUGAUAGAAAUGGUCUAUUGCUACAGGAAGGUUUCCAAAGCAGAGGAGACUGUCCAGGAAAAUGCGACUGACUACCUCGCCAUUCCGUCGGAAAACAAGGAAAACUGCUCUGUGCCUGUGGAGGAGUAGCCAAGGGUAGAUGGGCCAUGACCUGCAAUAAGGAACUCUGAAGUUGGAAGGACCAAGUCACUCCAGCCAGGUUUGGGAGAACUCUACGGCACCAGAAGGAAAUAAGGGAAAGUGUGAACUUUCUUCCAUUUGCCUUGGACAUUGCACAGCCUUGACUUUGGCUCCAUGACUCCAUUUGCUAAAGGAUUCUCCUUUGAAGCACGCUGAGCAAAGGGGGUUGGGGUUCAGGUGGCACUGCUCCUUCCUAAGUUUUGCCCCCACUCAGCGAAUGGCCUUGUAAAUUCUACAAUGUAUUACCCUCACCAUAUUCCUUUGCAAAAUAAGCUAAUUUGGCAUGUAGCACGUGGGUCUGUCAUAUUACCCUGACAUACCUGGCCAUCAGCAAGGUCAUUUUAGCAUUGUGAUCAACCUUUUGAUAAAGCCUGAACACUUUAAUUAUUAAAGAAUAGAAUCCCACUCCA